UAACAUGCGCAUUAAAGACGGUGACAUUGGGCGAGGUUUUAUGCGUCAUCGCAAGAAAAGUGAACGAUUUAACAUAGUCGGUCAUUUCACGAUUUAAGUUAAAAACCUCCAAAAUGAGUGAAGAAACGCCAGUGUAUGAAAAUGAUCAAGCGAAUGGAAGUAGUGACAAUCCAAAACAAGACUUUGAAUUGUACAUAAAGGCUUCUGCCAUAGACAAGGAAACCAGAGGAUCUUGUCCGAUAUGUCAUCAAUGGUUUAUGAUGUCCUACCUAAUGGCUGAAAAUCAAGAAGGCGUCAAUUUCAAAGUCUUCACUGUCCAAGCAGACUGUCCACCCAAAAACUUUUUGGAAGAAGGUUGGAGCAAAAAGUUCCCUGUUGUAAAAGCAAGGUCAUGUAUCACAAAAACUGGUCAGGAUAUUAGUGGUAUGAUGUAUGACACAUUUGAAGAAUUAGAAGUUUUCUUUGAAAGCAUUAACAAAGACUGCCCAGAAUUAAAGAGACGUAAUGCACCAAAUGUUGAAGCUAUGAAGUGUGUUGAAGAUCUAUAUAAGACAUUUAAUCACUAUUUACAAGGAAAACCAGAUACCACGAUGCUAGCAGAAUUGAAGAAACUUGAUGAAUUUCUAGCUUCACAUGAAUCCAAGUUUCUGGUUGAUGAUGUCCUUUCUUUUUCUGAUUGUCACCUGUUACCAAGGUUACAGCAUCUGAGAGUAGCUGGAAAGGCAUACAAAGGCUUUGAGAUUCCAAAAGAAUUCAGUCAUAUUUGGAGAUAUCUUGCCAAUGCUUAUGAAAUUCCAGCAUUUAAAUCGACCCUGCCAUCUGAUCAAGACAUUGUCUUUGCAUAUGAGAAGAAGGCAACAAGUGGGCCACUAUGUCGUGGCAAGGGUCCAAAACCAACAUUAGAGAAAUUUACCUACACCACAUCUGUGCCGAAGGAUUUUCUUGACAAUGAAACAAAUCGCAAUGGAAAUGAUUCAGAUAUGGAAUCACAGUGAUGUGUUAUUCGUUAACAUGGUGAAAUUUUAAAAUAUAUAUUACUCUAAAAGAUAAUAGGGGAAAAAACAAUUGGGAUUUGAUCAAAUCCUGAUGAAAUGUGAUUAUAACAAAAUUAAAUUGCUGGAUGUUAUGGUUUUAAAUAUAGCAUUGCCAAAUACAUGUUAUGGUUAAACUUGUAUCUAAAUAGUUUUAUUCAGGCUAUUGUAAAAAAAAAAAGGAUAGAGUACUGAAGUGUACUGCAAGAGUUUAGCUUGAAGUAGUUUAUUUUUAUAUGAUUGUGUCAUGUUAACAAGUAUUUAGAUUAUAGAAUAGGACUUACUGGAAGUAUAUAAACCUUUGUGAAAUAAACGCGAUAUAAGCUUUUAGUAUGAUGAAUUAUUACGAUUAUAGUAAUAUAUAUAUGUAUAUCCAAAAACAUUACUCUUCUAUGUAUAACAAUAUAAUAUAAUUUAUGAGAAAGAACAAGAAUUUAAAAAUUGACUUCCUAUUAAGGGCAUAGGCUCCCUAAAUUAAGGUAUGGCAUUCAUUAUAAAAUCCCUUGGAAAAUGAAAAUUUAAACCUGGUUUUAGUCCUGGUCGACUUUUAUUCCAUACAUAGUGGUUUUGUCUGUAAACAUUUUAGAUAGUUUUCUGUUUUUCAACUUAUGCCCAUCUUGAUAGUUAACACUUACCAGCUUUGUCAAGUUAUUCAAGGAUAAAAGAUGGUCAAAUUUUAAUUUAUUCUGAUAAUAACUUACAUGUAAUAGGUUGUUACUCUUCAUUUGUAGGUCUUUUAUAUGCUUGAAAUACCUUUUAAAAAAAAAAAUAUGUGACAACACUCGUCAACUACCCAGAAAUCUUAGCUGAUGUGGGCAUGUUUUGUUGCUUGGCUACCUAUCCUUUUCAAAUUUGAUGUGAAACAUUCAGAUUAUGAAAGGAUGAACCCUAUCGAAUUUCAGCAUUCAGUUCUGGCAUCCGCAUUCUAGGAUUUUUUGUUCCAAAGUUAUACAUGUAUAUGUAUUACCUAUUAUCCUGAAAAGCUUGUGAAGACAAUGAGAUCAGAAUUCUUGAAGGCAUAAAGGAAGGGGACACUUUGGAGGGACAAAUUUUAACAUUUUCUGUAAUAGUGACUUUAUGACACAGGAUACAGCCUUUUUAUACGCCCACAUUGAAAUGUGGUCGUAUAUUGUUGUCGCCCCCGUCCAGCGUCCACAAUUGCUUGUGGACGCUCUAUAGGCUAAAGUUAAUAUCCGAUUGACUUUAAAUUUAUACAUAGUGUUUAAGGUCAUGAGACGAAGAAGCCUAUUGAUUUUCAGCGAUUUCCGAUAAUUUUUGCCAGAGUUAUGGCCCUUGAUCACGUUGAAAAAUCUUGUGGACGCUCUAGAGGCUAAAGUUAAUAUCCGAUUGAUACACAGAGUUUAAGGUCUUGAGAUGAACAAGUAUAUUGAUUUUCAAUGAAUCUUUAUGACUUGAACAGCUAAAGUUUCGUAUACUAAACGUUAGCAUGGGGCAGAACAAAUUCUAAUGAGCUGUUACUCUUAAUUAGAUUUUAAUGUAUUAUAAAUGUUUCAUUACCGAAAAAAGUAAAAAUAUGCUACAACUCUUGUUGACUGCCCGGACGAUAUAGCUGCUGUGGGCGUAUGUUUCGUUGCCUGGCAACCGAUCUUUGAAAGUUGUGUUUUUAAUUAUUUGAUGCGUUGAUGAGUUUGUCUAAAUUUAAAAUUUCAGGUCUACAAAUAUACCUGACGGUCUGACCUCAGCUUAAUCAUAAAUAAACAAAAAUUUCAUUGUAUGCAGCUUUUCGCAUGAUAACUAAUUUACAUUUAGGUAACACAUCGGGUAAAACCAACCCAACACUUCCACCUAAAUCAAAGAUAUUAUAGCUCCUUUAUGUCUUUUGAAGAAGUUUGUUUUUGGUUAUCACCACAUGGUUAAACAAUAUUUUCAUAUGUCCAAAUUUUAAAUUUGGGUUCAAUAUUGCAAGGAAUGCCUUUUGUGAAUAAUGCAAGGAGUACCGUAUAAAAUACAAGAGUACUGUAGUUUGAUUUUUUUUUAUGACCAUAAUAAUUAAGAAAUUAAUUUUAUUGUACUCUGUUAUUGUUUCAUAUUCUACAUGUAUUCAUUAAAUAUACACAUUAAUUA